CCGAUAUGCAAAUUGAUGAGGCAGCGUGAUCGUGCGCGCUCUUUGUGCACUCGAUCGGCGUCGCCGUCAGCAGGGAAUGGCGAUGGAGGCUGCAUUCCGCGAACGGCGCGAUUCACGAUCCCUCUCGUCUAGCGCAUCCCGGAGCCCGAGCGCCGUCUUCUUCGACCUGGACAACACUCUCGUAGAGACCAGGAGAGCGGACAGUCAGGCUUGCCGCAAGUUGACUGAGGAAUUGACACGAGAGUACGGCAUUCCGGAAGAUGCGUCCGCCAAGAUAACGGCUACGUAUCUGAAGCAAUUUAGAAAGUGUCCGGACAACGCGACCCUCACAUUGGACGCUUGGCGUACUAUCCUCUGGAGCAAAGCGCUAGGCCAUAAGUACUCGCAGCUAGCAAAAAAAAUUUACGAAAGAUGGCUGUAUUUAAGAUAUCACUACAUGACGCUGGCGCCGAGCACGGUUUCCAUGCUGCGUCAAUUCAGAAAGAAGUAUCUGCUGGGUUUAAUCACCAACGGCCCAUCAAACGCUCAGUGGGAGAAGAUAUACAAACUGUCGCUGGAGCAAUACUUCGACGUUAUCCUGGUAUCCGGUGAUCUGCCGUGCGAGAAACCAGACGCGGAGAUAUUCCAAAAGGCUUGCCAUUUUCUUAACGUGCGACCCGAGGAGUGCAUCAUGGUCGGUGACAAGUUGGAGACCGAUAUUUUAGGUGGGAUCGAGGCUGGACUGUACGGGACGGUGUGGAUACCUACUACGGAUAAACCUCGUCUCUCGCAAGACGAUCCUAAGCCAGAUUUUAUAAUAAGACACGUAACGGAACUUCUCCGCAUAUUGGAGAGAGGUCCAAACGCGCCGGAACUCGAAGACUGCUCUUCAAAUGGGUCCGAUGGUAGCUAAUGAGGAGAUGCAUGUUAUAUUAUUUUUUUUUUCUAAUGAAAAGCGACUCGAUGCUUAUAUAAGCAUUUGAUGUCUUACUAAGCAAGAUCUAUUAGGUUUUUGUUGUGUUAGCGUUGUUUUUUUUCUAUCAUAUACAUUUUACGUACGAUAGCACUCGAGUGUAGACGUAGAUCGUUUUAAUAUAUUGAUUUACAUUAGAAACAUAAUUUUGUUGUAAAUUUGUAUAACUUUCAGUCUACGGUUUUUGAGUUUUUGCGACAUUUUUAUGGAGAUGCUACAGUCUAUUAGAGUCUAUCUGUAUUGAGUAAUUAUAUCGAUAUAACAUCCUAUAUUUCGUAUAAUAAUUAAAUACGAAAAAAACAGCUUAAAACAAAUAUAAUUAUUUUGAUAAUGUUAUAUAACAUUUUAUAAAACUUGUUUUAAAUGACGAAAGAACCACCGCACGUUAUAUUCGUAGUUUAUUUAGCGACUUACCGAAUUAAUAUCGCAAAUAGAUGCCAAGUGAGAUAUUUGUCAGUUACCCUUUCGAAGUUACCUUCUCGAAGUUAAAAUAACUGUAGUGUACCGAGUAAGGGAGACGGAGCUCAUGUACAAAACAAAAUGCACAAACAGAGCCAGUAGCUGUAGAUAAAUGAACAAAAUGAGACAUAGCAACCGUAUACAACUACUUUAUCGUCCGUAUAACUUUUAAAAAAAAUCGCGUUGUAAUAUAUGUAUUUUUAAGAUAUCUGUAUAAUAUAUUACAUAAAUCUCCUGUUGUACAAACACGUAACAUUUUGUGUAUCUGUACAUAGAUAUGCACGGGACGUUGUACAUGUGCGGCUACAAAUGUACAUGGUAUCUAUUUUUUCAUGUGUAUAUUUUAUCUCUGUUGAGAAUUCAGCUUGUUGGAUGUUCUACUGAACCACAAACAGACAUAUUGUAAAACUCGAUAUAAGACAACAGAUGUAUAUGAAUAAAGAAAAGAUAUAUAUGAGAUAAAA